AACCUAACACUAACACACCCUAACCAAAUAAAACCCCCCCCUCCACUCCCACACACACCACUACAACAAUAAUCUCAAACAUGGCCUCCAAAUCCUUCACCCUCAUUCUCCUCAUCCUCACCACAUUCCUCAUGGCCCAAACCCAAGCCCAAGCUCCCGCACCGGCCCCCUCAGGCGCGGUGAACCUCACCGCGAUCCUGGAAAAGGGUGGCCAGUACACCACCCUAAUCAAACUCCUAAAGGACACACAACAACUCACUCAGAUCGAGUCCCAGCUCAAAUCAAACUCACAAGGCUUCACUCUCUUCGCACCCACUGACAAUGCCUUCCAGAGCCUCAAACCCGGUGCCCUAAACGACCUGAGCGAUGACAAGAAGGUGAAGCUCAUUCUCUUCCACGUCACGCCCAAGUACUACACCAUCUCCGAUCUGUUAACUGUUAGCAACCCCGUGAGGACGCAGGCCACCGAGGAGGAAGGGACUUGGGGGCUGAACUUUACCGGCCAAGGCGGUAACCAGGUGAACAUCUCCACGGGCGUGGUGCAGACGCAGCUCAACAACGCGCUGAGGGAGAAGUUUCCUCUGGCGGUGUACCAGGUGGACAAGGUGCUGUUGCCGUUGGAGCUCUUUGGAACCACCAAGACCACUCAUUCUUCUGAGGCUCCUUCUCCUAAGGGUUCUAAGAGUACUCCUGAGAUUCCCAGCGUGGGUAAGGCUGGUGGCGCUCCUUCUCCUCAUGGUGAUAAGAAGGAUACUAAUGCUGCCAAUGGGAGGAAUGUGGCUUUUGGACUUGUCGUUGGACUUGCCUUGAUUUGCAUAGAAGCUCUCCAUUGAUCAUCAGAUAACUUGUGUCUCGUGUUUUUCAUCUUUUUCUUUUACUCUCCAUCACUUCAUUUGUGAAUUUUUAUCUUUUUUCUUCUUCUUCUUCUACGGACAAAAGGAAUUGUGUUGGGUUUGAUUGAGCCUCAUUCUUUGUAUUUAAGGCUUUUUUUUUUUACGUGUAUUUAAUGGCUCUCUUGUAUUUAAUUUGGAUCACAUGAGUUUGGUUAUGAGAAAAAGACCACCUACUUUAGUUUUUUUCUUUC